GCAACACAGAUGGUAAGCAUGAUAGCCGAAUGGUAAAUUCGCACAGUCCUUCGCUCAGCUUGUGUGUUUGAUGCGAUUUGUGUGAGUGUGCACUAAGUUGUGGAGCUUCUUCUCGAAAAAUUGAACGCUCGAUUUUUGGCACAUCUGCAAACAUAUGAGCUUAUAACGCAGAUUCAUAUCUGUGCUUAUUGCCACCGAGUGAUCCAGGUUUGCUCCUAUGCUACCAGAGCAGGCUGAGAUAGACCACCAUGAAGACCAGAUACAGUACAGUACAGUACAGUAUCGGGCUAAACGUCGCUAAAGCUUCUAGUAACAUGACAAAUGCAUGAUAUGAUGGAUUGCGUCCUGCAAAUGAUUGUUUAUCAAGAAUGAAUCGGAUACAUCCACAAUAAGAUUGUCUUCAACUCUCAUUGCUCUACAAGUACAGUAAUGGGGACCUAAGAGCCACUACUGGAUUUCUUGAUUGAAACUUACAUUUUUACCCUGACAGAAACUGGAAGGUAAACAUUCGUUGCCAUGCGUAUCAGUUUCUGCCAGGGCCUGUUAACUGGCGCCAUCAUCCUCAACCUCCUCAUUCUCUACUAUGUGUCCCGGGCCCAACAGCAGAUGAUGGAAAAGCGGAAGGAACUUGGUAGGGGUACAAGGAGGGCUGCCCUACCAGCCUCUGGUCUCGGGGGAGGCCUAGGGAUACUUGCAGGAGCUGGAGGUGAGCCUGGAGUGGUCGGAGUGGAGGGGCACGGCCGCGGCCCACGUGUGACUGUUCUUCUCCGGGAGUUUGAAAACUUUGAGAAUUACGUUGGGGACGUGGCUAAUUCCUUCCUCCGCCAGAGACCCGAGCUUCCCUUCCUGGCUGUUGCUGACAUGCCUCCUUACCCUCCCCUGCUGCUUCCAGAAGGGGCUCGGCUUCUAGUGCUCUCCCCCAGCCCGGACCAGCCUCCGCAAGCUCACAGGCCAGAGUUCCACAUCCAGACAGAGUUUGUCCUGCUGGUGCCUGAUGGGGUGGAGCUGGAGCAACCUCGGGCCAUUGAGAGGCUGAUCAGGGAGUUGGAAGGUGAGGGCGGUGGGCCUGUGAGGCUGGUAGCAGCGCCCGUGCUGGCUCGAUCCGCUGUGCAGUGUCUCCACCUGCGGGUGAACCUCAGAGAGUGGACGGCCACCUACUCGCCGGCUGCGUCUGGGAGCAGCGGGAGCGUGUGUACGGCUUUGCAAGGAGAUGCCAUUGUCCUUAUUCGCACCGAGGAUCUUUUUAACCUCUCUGUCCCUCUGGGGCGGCCGCUCUUCUCCUCGCUCUUCAUCCAGACGUCCUUGAGAGGCUGGAAGGUCAAGCUGCUGGAGAGCCCCUGUUUCUCCGCAAACCACCGGCCCCUCUUCAGCUCCGCUCACAACCAGUGGAAAGCCGACACUCGACUGAAGGAGGCCACUGGGAAGCUCAUGAGGAGCUUUGGUCUCAAGCGCCUCAUGCUGCCUGAUGGGAAGGAACAGUGGUACGGCUGCAGUAAAGAGACACCUCGCUGCUUUGGUACUGUGCAGGAUGACACUCCGGACUACCUCUAUCUGGAUCGCUGGACACCUCCCUGCUGCCUGCGAGCACUCAGGGAAACCACUAAGUACGUUAUCAACAUCCUGGAGAGCUCUGGCGUGCGCUACUGGCUGGAGGGAGGGACUCUGCUUGGCGCUGUCCGCCAUCAAGACAUCAUCCCAUGGGAUUACGACGUGGACCUGGGCAUCUACCUGGAGGAUGUCCCCAACUGCGAUCACCUAAAGAACCUGGACUCGGGCUCUCUUGUGGAUGCUAACGGCUACGUCUGGGAGCGCGCAGUGGAAGGAGACUUCUACAGAGUGCAGUAUAGCGAAGCCAACCACCUGCACGUUGACCUGUGGCCGUUCUAUCCGCGCAAUGGCGUCAUGACGAAGGACACGUGGACAGAGCACAAACAAGACGUGGAGUUCCCUGAGCACUUCCUGCAACCUCUGGUGCCCAUGCCCUUCGCUGGCAUCACAGCCUAUGGCCCCAACAACCACCGAGGCUUCUUGGAGCUCAAGUUUGGAGAGGGUGUGAUUGAGAACCCCCAGUACCCCAACCCUUCAAAAAAGAGGCUGGAGAGAAGCAAAUUAUGAGAGAUGAUAAACUCGAUAAUGUCGAAUCGGGAAACUCAACUUAAUUUUAUUUUAAAGACAACAUAAAAUAUGAUUUCUGGAGACUAAUGGAAGUGCCAAAAUGACUGCAUUUGCUGUUCACUACAUCAGCAGAAAACAGUAUAAUCACACAUCCAGUCCAAUUUUCUCCCUAUUAUCAGUAUUGAGAUGUGAAGUCUAAUGUUGGACUGCCUUUUAAUUCUUUGUGGGUGGUGAGACUCUGUUUGCAAAGGGCAUCGAUGCCUGAAAAAAUGUAAACCCAUACACUACUGCAUUGACAUCAGGCAUACCUUAAAGAGAGACUGGUUUUGCUACAUGAUGUACUACAUCUAUAUGUGUUGUACAGUGAAGUAUAAAUACCACUGCUGUAAAGAUGAUAAAUACUUUUGAAUUAAAUUGAUUUUAGUGUCUUGUUCAAAAGUUUCAGUUUGCAUUAUCUUAAGCAGGAUUUAAGGUAAUGAACAAAAUUAUUUGUGUUAAAUAAGUGGCUUUGUUACAGUUUUAUACAUUUCUUGACAGUGUUGCAUUGUUUUGCACUGGUUUUUUUCAGUUUUGCACAAUAAAUGAAUGAAUGUUAUGUAUUUAUAGAUGCUGUUUGGUACGUGACAACUAUAGUGUGGUGAGUAACUUCCUGUGUGGUCAAACAAAAUACAUUCUAUUAUUGUUUGCAUAUGGUGAAGAUGAUAUGUUGCUCCGUCAGGCCUUAGUAUUCGGUUAUAAACAUAAAACUGAAUUUGACUGAAUUUGUAAAUGAAUAUUAAAUCUUUACUCAAUAAUUACUACUGAGCACCCGUUAUUGACUGAAAUUAAAUUUCAAUUCAGUAGUUUAUUCAAAGAAAACAUUUUAAGAGAGACAAAGCACACCAGCUCCUGAGGGUACCAGAAGAUUCCUGUAGUGUUGUUACUUGUGUGUGAUGUAUUGAGGUGUCACUCCAUUUCACAUACUGAUAAAAUAAAAGAAUUUGAACAGUUUCAUGCCUUGAUUUUAUUCAUUUUGAUGACUGUUGAAAAAAAUCCUCUGUAUAAACAGAAAAUGUAGAAUAGUUGCAGCAGUUUUUCUUGAACACUAGAUGGCACACUGUAGCCUCUGCUCCAUGUUGCAUACACCCCUCUUAAAGGGGUUGCUCAGCCAUAUGGCAGGAGCCCAGGGGGUGGAGGAUUUUAUGACAGGACAAACAGGAAUAUCACGUAACAGGAAUGCAGCAUGCCUGCUUGUCACAGACUGGUUCAUCGUCAUUAUCCUACCUUAGAUACUAUAUUCCUCGAGGUGUGUUUACAUUCUUACCUACCAAAAACAUUGUUCAUAUGAAGCCUUAUAAUUAGAUUCACAUCAAUACCACUGAGAGGCUGUGCAUGGUUAUUUUUGGAAUCACAAACAUAAAGGAUCACAGCGCAUUUUAGAAACGCCUCCCUUCUUGUAUUCUAUUGCAAUGUGGCAACUGGAGGUGACUUACUGUAACAGAGCUAUGGAGUUCUCACACGUGCUCUUUGAUUCGCUGAAUGCAGUGUUUGCUACUAGGCAGUGAGUACGUUUAAAACACACUGGAGAGGUUGUAACAAAGAGGCAAAGUGCACAACCACAUAAUAAAAAAAGAAAAAGGCCUUUAUUGUUUAAAACUUGCGGGCAUUACAUUCAGAUUGUAACUGGGACAUUUCUUUAAAACAUAGCCCCGCUAUAAUAAAAUCAUAAAAACUACCAUGAACAUUCACACAACGCUACCAUCAAAUCAGAGACAUCCAUCUGGUGAAAUAUGUCAUAAAGGAAUGAUAACAUCUUUACAACCCUGCACUAAAACAGCAUAAAGUAGAAGCUGGAGCACUAGCCAUUUUGAGGCAAUGCUUAAUGUUGACAUGUUAAUAUGACAUAUAAGACUUUAGAAAAAAUGAUGCCUCAGGCCUGCAGUUAUUUCAUAGAUUAGAAUUAUGAACAAUACUGCAAAACUAGUACAAUAUAAAGCUGAUAAAAAUGUCCACUGAGAAGAUAUUUUUCAUAAACUUUGUAUGUAACAUUAGUAGCAUAUGCCCCUGUCAUUUGGUAGAGUUUUUAACAGUUACAGAUGAUAUGGAUGGAAGAGAUAAACAUUGAAUAGUGCAAGUUUACAGUUAUUCAUUUGAAAAUAAACAGUAUCACUCUGGGGUACAACCAAUACAACUCAUCACUGCUAAAUUUCCUUAAUGCCCCCCCACCAAGCUGCAAAAGAAAAAAAAAAACAAA